AUGCAGAAUGCAUUGUUGAAGCUGUGGGCAAUGGUUGAAGAUACCAAAAGUGCUAGGGUGAAUGAUAAUCUUGAAAGUGCUUUAGCUAUUCAUCAUCCGACAGAAGAGAAGAACAAGCUGGAGGCCAACUAUGACAAGUUAGUCCAAGAUGUGCAUGAACUUAUGAAUUCCCAGGAGGAAAGGAAAGACAGUGCAGAAAGAGAACUGGUGGCUAAUAUGAAGGCAGAGAUGGCAAAGAAAGAUGCAGAGACCCAGAAGCUUACCCAGAAGUAUGAACUGCUGGUUAACCUAACAAGAGCUCAAGAAACAGUCAUCCAGAACUUGAAGUUGAACAAUAUGAAAGAGAAGCAAGUGCUAAGUGAAGCUAGGAUGAAUUUGGAGUUGAAGAAUGCAGAUCUCACAAAGUGUGAGGAGAAGCCCACCCAAGAGAAGCUAGAGUUGAAGCUUCCGGUUGCUGAUCUGCUUAAGGGAAAGGAAAAGCAUAUUGAAGAGAAGUGCCAGUUAGAGAUUCAGAUUGCUGAGCUCAUGAUGGGAAAUGAGAAGCUAAAGGUGAAGAUCAAGGGGAUUCAGGCCAUCUUAGAGAAGUGA